AUGUCCACCACAAUCUUCCCAUCACUCCUCCAUAGUAUCGAAAACUUCAUCGCCUACCUCUUCACACCCUUCAACACCCAUCUUUCAUCCUCCGCACAACAAUUCCUCAUCAUCUCCUCCGCCUGCUUCACAGGCAUCAUGAUUUUCUCUUUCCUAAACAAGGCUGUCAACACUUUCGGCGCUCUGCUCACACAUAUAACUAUUCAUCCCGAAACACUUCUCAACCAAGCGAUUGGAGAAUUCGAAGCUAUCCCCACAUCCGCCGAGACGUUUCUUAGUCAAGCAUUUUGCAAAUACGAAGCAGUGCGGAACUAUAAUACCAUCAAAAACGAGAAAGAUACGCAGGAUUGUAAGACAGUUUUGAGAAAUAAAAAGGCACUUUGGCAACCAACAGCUGGACAGAAAAAGUACAUACUCAUGGCUUUGUAUGGGAUGUUCCUGACAUGCUAUUUUGCAUAUGUGAUUGUGGAGUUUGAGGGCUGGGUGAGGGAGGGAAUUCUUGUACUUUCGGGGUUAAGUUUGGUUAAUGUGGGAGUUUUGAGGGUCGAAAGUAGAGGUCUUUUUGUGAUUGCUUGGGGACAGGGACUAGGAAUAGGAAUAGGAAUGUUGGGUGCCUUGUCUUCAGAUGAAAUACGUUUGAUGGCAAAUAUCAACGUCGAAGUGUUCUUAUUGAUUUGGGAGUUCUCGUGGGUUUGA